AUUAUUAAAAUAAGCUUACCGUUUACUCUUUUUUUAUGAGUUGCAUCAUGUUAGUUCCUUGAAAUUAAUUAAUGCCUUUUAAUCAACAUAAUUUAAAUAGGUCACACAGAUUCAGCAUUAGUAACCGUUAGAUCGAAUAAAUUUUUAUGUCAAGGUUAAUUGCUUUGUUGUAAGUCACAAUGGUACUCAUACAAACAAAUUUCAAGAUAGUUUUUUUCAAAACACGUGGAAAAACAGUUUUGCUGAAGUAUUUAAAAUCUUAUAAUUUUUUGUUAGCUUAAUAAUAAUGUACUUCGAAAAUCAUUAGUAAUGCUACAAAAAGUUUUAAUAAUUUUUUAAUUAAUCUGAACGUUCUAAUUAAUUAUUUUAAUAGUCUAAAAAAUUAUUUUCCAAUCUGUAUCUAGCUAAGUUUAUUAAUAUCUUAACAAAAUCAUACAUUUCCAUACAACUGUUAAUAUAUUACACAUUUAUGUAUAUUAGAAUCAUUUCAAGUAAGAAAUAAAAUUUUUUUAAUGCUGUACUCUCAGGAUAGUAAUAAAAGAAAAGAUUCUUAUAAAGACAGAAGUCUUAAAAUUUUUUUUCUUCUGAAUUAUAUGAACCUUUUAGCACUUCAAAACUUUUGUGGUAUAUAGAGAAUCGAGAUGAGAAAAAAUCUAACUGCAUAUACUGACCCAUCUUCUAAAUGCAUCUUUAACCUGCAAAUCCGUCAGAACAAAAAGUUAUUAACAAUAAGUUUAAACGUGAAAUAAAAAUAAAUAUUUCUCAUUAACUUCUUCCGUCUGAAGUUUGAAAGUUUCUUUCUUCGACUGCAAUGUCUUAAACAUAAAUAUAAUUAAUGUGCUCGAUGUCGAAAGCUUGGAAGAUACAUCAAGAAUAACAGAAAAAAUAACGCCUAAAAUCCGUUAAGCCUAACAUAUUGUACAUCCAACGAUUUUUUACUUCGGACGAUUAUGCAAUCCCGAAAAGAUACUUCAAUCGGCUUACCUAUCCGGUUGCAGCAUCGAAAUCCAGCGAUCUGACCGGGUCUUUCUAUCUGAGAAUUUGAGAUACAUAUGUCGAUAUUCAAGGUAACCGUAGUGUCGGAUCGAGAAACUGCAUCGAUCAAAGGUUCAUUCUGCUCGAAAAAAAUUGUGUUAACAGUUAUAGCCAGAAAACUCAGGAAAGUGGAAAGAGGAAAUAACUGUGCACCACUGUACUUUACGACUGCGUCCUAAAAAAGUAUAACAUCCUCAUUCCUCGAAAAAAAAAUGAGGACAGCUAUUACACGUCUAACAUUGGAAGUGUAUUAUUAAAUAACAAAUGAAAAAGAAACUUUUUUUUCACAUGCAUAAAUAUUUUCUAUGUACUUCUUAUGCUUUUGUAUCGGAUUAGCUGUUUACAUGGUAUCAUAUUAACUAUUUGUCAUAACUAUUAUUAUAUCAGUAAUUCAAAUCAACAUAUCAACAUGCAAAUCACUUUUUACAAAUAGUUAUAUAUAAGAAUAAAUUUGUCGAUAAGUGUCCAAUUUAGAUCGCAAUCAAUGCGUUCGCAGCCGAACGCCCAAUAAUAAGCGUGUAAACGUGAAUGAAAAAAUCAAGGUGACGAGAGAAGAUUGUUGCGGUGAAGCGAGCGAGAUAGCGUGGCACUAAUUUCUCAUCGAUCAGUCGAGUUUACGCAGUGCGAAUGAGUUGUUGCGUUUGUAUGCGCGUAAGGCAACGUGUAAUCCCGCGGAAACUCUGGUUUUUCCGAGCAAAACCGCCGUCGUCGUGUUGAACUAUUUUUUGCAAAACACGCGAGUCAUCUCUCUCACUUAGCGCGUCCCAAGUUUAUAUUAAAAUGUAUAUAUUAAACUCUUGAAAAAGUGCUAAAUGAUUAAAGAAAAAGAAAGAUAAAUAGGAGAAAGUAUAUCACUUUUGAGAACAUUAUUGUGUACGCGCGAUUCACAUAAUUGUUUAAAAACGAUUCUUUAUAUGUGUACGGUGUAAAGAAAAAGAAUUUUUUUAGAAAACAAUUAACUUUAAAUAAACAAUUAAUUGAAAUGCCAGUGGAACGUCUUCAAGUGCAUCUGUCAAAAAAUAUGCAAGAUGCAAAUAAAAAAUAAUGCUUCAUCAAUCAACGAAACUAUGUACCUAGAGAGAAAAACUUUAUUAUGCACAAAUUUUUGCAUAAUAAACUUAUUCUGAACGACAUCUUCAAGGAAAAUCUGCAUGAGUCCAUCAACGAAAUUAUUAUUAAUAACAAUUAUUAUCAGUGCUGUUGACAAAAAUCAUGAUAACUGUAUUAGUUCCCAUACAGCACAAUAUCUGUCAGAAAACUUUCUUAAAAGUGUGUGCUGUGUGAGUUUUAUAACAUUCAGACGCUGCAUUCAACAUUAUUCGCGACAAUGUUUGCAAAAGUAAAUCUACGUUAUUAAUUUAAGAUUAUGUCGUUUAACUGUUAUUACAUUUUUCUCUUAAGAAUAAAACGCAUUUAGAUAAAGCUAUAUAUGCAAGCAUAUGAUAAGCAAACAUGUUAUUUUCCUACGGAAUUCUUUGAAAAUUAAAUUGUAUGAAAAAGGUAUUAUGGUCAAUUAAUAAACGAAUUAUUUCGUUUUAGGUUUCUCACGAAUGAUAUUAUACGAUCAAUACACAAGAUUAUUCAAGGUCUGGUUUUUAUAUCAUGACCAGUUCACAUCGCUUUAAAAAAAAUUCAUGCAUAAUCAAAGAUUAAAUUAUUGAGCUAAAUUACUGAAAAUUACUUACUUGUUGUAGAUAACAAAAGAUAACAGAAUGCUAAUUUAUUCUUAACCAAAAAUUUUACUUAAUUUUAAGUAAUCUAAACAAUUUGUACAAUUUAAAAUUUACAAGAUUAUUAUUUUUUAAUAAAAUUAUAAACAUAAAUUAUUGAAAAAAUUUAAUAAUUAACUAAAUAUUUAUAAAAAUUAUAAAUUCAUAUUUUAGUAAUAUAAAAUUUUUUUUACUUUCUUAUUGUAAAAAUUAUUUCAGCCAAUAAAAUGCUACAGUUAUUAUCUCAAAAUAAAAAACUGAUUAUUGUUAUUACAUAAUACUAAAGAAGUAAAAUUUACAAAAUAUUUUCAAAAAUUGAUUAAAAAAUAUUAUUUAACUUAAUGAACUUUAAUUGAACCCGUUAUCUAUAAAAACCGUUGAUAAGAGAGACACGUAAUUUUUUUUCAAAAAAGAAUAAAAAAAUUUCUCCAAAUAAUCAAUGCUCAUUGUAACUAACAGAUCAAAUAUUCCGAAACUUGGAGAACGUUAAAUAUAACAAGCGAAAUCCUUCACAUCUUUUGGGUGGAACGUUUGAGUUAGUUCAGCGUUUGUUAUGUAAUAUGAAAUGUCCUUCAGGCAUCUUCCUUUAAUUGUUUGAGUUAGUUGAGUCUCUAUUAGUCCGAGGUGGCAGCUACCCUUCGCACGAGUCUCAUUCCCUCGCGUCGCCUGAAUGAUAAAUAUAAAGCGAUCAAUCGCACGAGAACGAGGAUCCAAAAACAAGGCGAGAAGAACCGGAGAAGAACCUGAACUCAUCCUUCCCACUUUGGAUGUCCCCACAUAUACCUCUUAAGAUGAUCGUGCGAUUCCGCUGGAGAACGGAGGCACAUGUUCGAUCGUCGACAUCGUAUCUCCGAUGAACCGGAAGCAUCGCCCUGGGAAACGAGGUGCGGCCGACGCCGAUGCCGAGAACGAUGAAGCUAUCGACGAUCAGCAGCAACAGCACCGACUCACCGAGCGUCACCAGUCUCUCCCUUGUUUUCCCGAUCACCUGCGACAAUCUCACCGGCCACGAUGUGCUCGCUGAACGAUCGAACGUGUACCAGUGGGGUACCAAAAACGUCACAUGUCUGGAGCACGCGCCCAAGCUGACCAAGGAAAUAUACUUCAAAGUCAUCGUGUUAGCAGUUAUGUCGGUCCUAAGCCUGGUCGGCAAUUUAGCAACGAUAUACUCGAUCAGGAAGAAUCGUCCCAGACAGCGUGGAUGCUCGGCGAUCUACACCCUGAUCCUCCACCUGUCAGUAGCCGAUCUACUAGUCACCAUCUUCUGCCUCGCCGGCGAAGCGAUCUGGAGCUACAAUGUCGCAUGGCUGUGGGGCAAUGCCGCGUGCAAAUGUUUCAAGUUCCUACAAAUGUUCAGCCUAUAUCUUAGCACUUUUGUACUCGUGCUGAUCGGUGUCGAUCGAUUUGUCGCGGUGCGAUAUCCUAUGAAGGGCCUCAAUACGUCGCAGAGAUGUUCGCGAUUCGUCGCUCUCGCUUGGCUGCUGGCUCUUGUGCUUGCCACUCCACAGAUCGCGGUAUUUCAUGUUGCCCAAGGACCAUUCGUCGAAGUAUUUACGCAAUGCGUGACACACGGCGUUUACACUGAACCCUGGCAGGAACAGCUCUACGGAAGUUUCAGCCUAUUCUUCAUGUUCAUCCUGCCAUUAGCAAUUUUAAUCACCACAUAUGUAUCCACGGUGAUCACUAUCUCCCGAAGUCAGAGAAGUUUUAAAACGGAUCCGAUGAGGACGUACAGAAACAGCGAUUUAAAUAGGAGAAAACUGAUGAGCCGGGCGAAAACGAAAUCGCUACGCAUCAGUGUCGUUAUAGUAGCGGCAUUUCUCAUCUGGUGGACGCCGUACUACACAAUGAUGAUAAUUCUCCUAUUCAUGAACCCGGAUGAUCGCCUCAGCGAGGAGCUGCAGAGCGGAAUAUUUUUCUUCGGUAUGAGCAACAGCUUGGUAAAUCCCCUGAUAUAUGGCGCGUUUCAUCUUUGGCCACAGAGACAACGGCAGGACUCUUAUCACAGAUCUGAGAGUUCGAUAAAUCAACGAAAUAGCAUUAAAAAACGGGAAACAAAAACGCUGCUUCUCUCUUAUCAGAACAGCAAAGUAAAUGCGACUACAUAGCAGCGUCAGAUAUAAUAUUUUUUUAUCAAUUAUAUUAUAUCUCACGUGACAAUGACGUUAUUUAACAAGAAGUAAUAGCGUAAUAUAAAAAGAAGAAACACUCCGCAAAUAAUAAAAGAUUUUAAAAAAGCA